AUGAAAAACAUUGAAAUUAAAAAAAUAAUCAAAUAUGUAACCAAGAUAAAGAAAAUUAAAAAAACAAAAAUUAGAAGAUAUAAUAUUUUUUUAAAUAAUGUAUUGAAAAAUUAUAUCUUAAAAAGAUUUUGUCUGUGGAAUACUGCAACUCCUUAUUUUAUGAUGAAAAGCAGGUCAAAAUCUUCAGUUCAAUGUUUCCAGGAAUAUUAUGAUGAUGAUUUCCUUAAUAUGUUUAAAAUAGUUGAUGAAAAAAAUGUUGAAUUUAUUAUUGGUAGAAAUGAAAGUAAGACAAAAUUUAUUGUUAUGACUGAUAAUUAUAAAGACUUGGCUCCAGUACGUGACUAUAUUGGAAUUUUAAAAUUAGAUGGUGCUCCAAGUAAAAAUAUGGCUAAAAAAAUAAAGAAAUUAGAUGAACGUCAUAAUAUUAUUAAUGCUAUUUAUAAACAAAAUCCUAACAUUCCAGUUCGAAUGAAUCCAUUUGCACCUACAAAUUGGGAUGACUUUCAAAUUUUAGUAAGUUGUAUGUAUCUAACAUGGAUUUAUUUUAAAACUUCAACGAAAAUAUUUCGUGGAAAUGAUCUUUUUCUUGUUAAUUAUGUUGAUAAUGAUAUUCCUUUUUUUAUAUUUGAAAAUAGAUAUUGCAAAUCAACAUCUCCUGAUAUUGGUUGUUCUGUAGUUAAAAAGUGGUUUGAAACUAUUUUUAAAGAUAUAAAGAUUGAAAAAGAUAAUUAUCCAAUUUUUGAAUGUUCUAGUAAGUGUAGUUGUCAUAGAAAAAACGAUAUAUGUAAGAAUCGAAUUUCUUAUUUGAAUAGGGAUGAUGUUCCUCUUGUUGUAUUUAAAACAGUUAGAAAAGGUUGGGCACUUGGAGCGGGUAAAAAUAUGAAAGCUGGAGAUCUUGUAACAGAAUACACUGGAGUCAUUUAUGAAGAUGCUGUUAUGAAAAAAAGAAAAGAUUACACAUAUUCUUUUGAUAUGGAUUACAUGCGAAAAGAUUUAGAAAUCAAGUUUAAAUCAACUUCAAAAAAACUUAACCGUUUUUAUGCUAUUGAUUCUAAAGAAAUUGGUAAUGAAUCAAGAUUUGCUAAUCAUUCUUGUGAUCCAAAUAUGAGGAUAGUAGUUUCUUAUGGUGUCUAUGAAUCUCCAACUUUUCAUAAGAUUUUUUAUGUUAUGAAGAAAGAUGUUCCAAUGGGUAGUGAAUUAACAGUCAAAUAUUUUUACAACAUUCCCAAUAAUCCUAGUGAUAAUACAUUAAAGUGUGAAUGUGGUGCUAGUAAUUGCAUUGUAAAUUUACCAAUUGAAUUUAAAAAUAAACAUUAA